UCCACAGCAUCAUCACAGACAGGGGGAAUUGAAAUAGCCAAGAUGCCUGAGAAAGCACCGGAGAGGAAAUCUAAAAUCUCAGCUUCUCGCAAGCUCAUGCUGAAGAGCCUGAUGGUAGCCAAGGCUAAGGAGGAGCUGGAGCAGGAGAUGGAAGAAAAAGAGGAAGAAAAGACAAAGUACCUGGAAGAAAAAUCUCCUCCGAUACAGACCAGAAGCAUGUCCUUAGCAGAGCUGAGGACGUUAUGUGAAGAGCUGCACGCCAAGAUAGAUGUGGUGGAUGAGGAGCGGUACGAUAUUGAGGCCAAAGUCUUGCACAACACCAGAGAGAUCAAAGACCUCAACAUCAAGGUACUUGACCUGCGAGGGAAGUUUAAGAGACCCAGCCUUAGAAGAGUGAGGGUUUCAGCUGACGCCAUACUGCGCUCACUGCUGGGCUCAAAACACAAGGUCUCUUUGGAUCUGCGGGCCAACCUCAAAUCAGUCAAGAAGGAGGACACAGAGAAGGAGAAGACUGUGGAGGUGAGCGACUGGAGGAAGAAUGUGGAAGCCAUGUCGGGCAUGGAGGGCCGCAAGAAGAUGUUUGAUGCAGCAAAGGGCCCCAGCCAGUGAA